UGCUUGGCUGCACAUCUGACUCACGCUGUCUGUGCCUGAGGGCACCCAUCGCCCCCUAAGCACGGGACGCCUCAAGGGGCUCAAAGGGCCAUGCAAAGUUUCAGCCCCUCAGAGUUCCGCGUGGAAAGGACCCACUCCAUGGAGAUGAUAGCCGCUCUCUGAGCUGAGUGUCGGCAAAACACUGGGCGGUGGAUCAUCUGCGCUUGAUCAGCCUGGUUGAGAACGCAGAGAUGAGGUCAGGAAGGGGGAGGAGGAGAAGCAGAGACAGAAAGUCUUGGGAGAUUUGUACUUUGGGGUUGGGCGGGGCUCUUCCGUUAAAAGGGGCAGUUCCAACAGAAUGACACUAACACAAGCCUGCAGGCGGCAGGUCUCCACUUAACCCCUGUGGCCCAUUCUUCAGAGCAUCCCAGCUCCGAAACCAAAGAAGUCGCUGGAAGCGGGACUGAGCCAUAAGCUCUCAAGAGCCCUUCUCCAGUGACCUCCACCAGCCACGCCUCCCACACAAAUACCACACCAACCUGAAGGCAGGCCUCCAGGAAGAGGGCCAAGCAGGUAGCAAGGCUCCCUCAGGAGAAACUGUAGUCACUUUUUUGUCAGUGGGGUCAGCACUCUGUGGUUUGGACAGCCGAACUCCCCUCCACACCCGGUGAGAGAGAGCCUGUCUAAAAUGGUCAUAAACCCGAGGCUGCGAUUUUGAGGCGCAACGCCCUGCCCAGUUCAAGGGUUCUAGUUCCUGUCAUGUACCAGCCUCGUGGAUUCACCCCAGAAGGGCCACCUGCUGAGCUGAGGCGGAGGGAGAUGGCAGUCCGUCGGGAGCUGGGCUCGGAAACAUGAGGCCAUCAGCAGGGCCUUCCCAAGGUCCCUGCUCCGUCUGCAUCCCACUUCCUUGCUAUGGCUCGCCUAUGAAUCAAGCUCCUCCCACCCCUGUUUGAAAAUGAAGUGGCCUGGAGAUGUAAUGCUUUGGUAGAGGGCUUGCCUGGCAUGCCACAAGGCCCUGGCUUGAGCCACAUAAACAGGGCACAGUGAUGCAUGCCAGUAACCCCAGCCCUUGGAAGGUGGAGACAGAGGGUCAGAAUUUCAAGGACUCCCAUGGCUACAAAGCGAGUUUGAGGCCAGCCUGAGCUACGUGAGACACCGUCAAGAAAGAAAGAAGUGAGAGGGGGAACAUAAUAGAAAAUCUUUGCCUGCUGUCUCUGCAAACAGCGCAGAGGAACAGCUUCGGUCCAGUCCGUGGCCUCGUCACUCUCAAGGCCACUCCGUGUGCUGCACAGCGCUGUUCCCCAGAUGUCUGAAAGGCACGAGGACUCACCAACUCCACGCAUGCGGAGCGGCUCUCUGAGCCCAAUCUCGGGGAGAGAUGACACUAGAAGAAAGAAGUAACCUCUCAAGUUGGGCUCAGGCCUGGGAAGGAGAGGGACCUCUCCUGUGACUUGGGGAACGAGCUCCAUAGAACUGCCACAGCUAGCCUACCUACCCCUGGGAGACUCUGCUGCCGCCUCCUGCCCGGCACAACCGCCCCUCAGCCACCAUCAUGUCACAGACCAAAACAGUGAAGGUUCGUCUGACCCUCUUCUUCAUCCUGGUGGGUGGAGUGCUCGCUAUGGUGGCCGUGGUGACUGACCACUGGGCUGUGUUGAGCCCACACCUGGAACACCACAACGAGACGUGCGAGGCAGCCCACUUCGGCCUCUGGAGGAUCUGUACCACUCGCGUCGCCGUGCGUGACAAAGAAGACAAGAGUUGUGAACACAUCACAACGUCAGGGGAAAAGAACUGCUCCUACUUCAGGCAUUUCAACCCAGGAGAGAGCUCGGAGAUCUUUGAAUUCACCACUCAGAAGGAGUACAGCAUCUCGGCGGCGGCCAUCGCCAUCUUCAGCCUUGGCUUCCUCAUCGUGGGUUCCAUCUGUGCGUUUCUCUCCUUCGGGAAUAAGCGUGAUUACCUGCUGAGGCCAGCAUCCAUGUUCUAUGCCUUUGCAGGGCUCUGCCUUAUUGUCUCUGUGGAGGUCAUGAGGCAGUCGGUGAAGCGCAUGAUUGACAGCGAGGACACCGUCUGGAUCGAGUACUACUAUUCGUGGUCUUUCGCCUGUGCCUGCGCCGCGUUCACCCUGCUCUUCCUCGGAGGGCUCUUCCUCCUGCUCUUCUCCCUGCCCCGGAUGCCCCAGAACCCCUGGGAGUCCUGCAUGGAUGCUGAGCCGGAGCACUAGUUUUUGGGAAGGUUAAGCCCAGACCAGAGUCUUUUGGAGGUGAGGAUGGAGUUUCCCAUCUGCCCUGAUCCCUUGUCCAUCACUCGUGGUCUCUCCCUCUGAGUUCCUCUACAAACAGUGCACGUGGACACGAACCCAGACCUGCCCAGGGUCAGAAGAAGCAGGCCAGCAGGCGGCAUUUGAAGGGGCCAGCUCCCACACACCUCCCCCAGCUCAGUCUUGCCUACCAGGCCUGUCGUCCAUGAAGAUCUAGUCUGGUCUUUAGGAAGCUCCGAGGGAUAGCCUGUACUUACUCAUUCACCAGUUCUGAACAUUGCUCAGCCAGCUCCAACCCCACUCUCCUCCACCAUGAUAGGAAACCCUCUUCUGUAACCUGAACAUCCCUCGUUGGCUUCCAGGAUCCCCAAGAGACAUUUUUAACUGGAUAGGAUCUGCGGUUGAAAUAAAAGGUCUCAGAAA